ACGCGCGCACACACGCACUCUACUAGGAUUGUUUGUCAAUGGAGGAAGAAGAAGACCAGCAGAAGCUUCCAGAUCUGGUGAAGGAACUGGUCCACCGAUUGCUCUCUCAAAACGAUUCCCAAUCUCCAAACCCUAACUCCCCAGAAUUCCAAAACUCUCUCCGCUACGCACUUCGCAUACUCUCCAGCAGACUCACCCCCUCCGUCGCCCCCGACGCCGCCGCCAUCGCCGACUCCAUCAAGCGCCGCCUCGCCACCCAAGGUAGGUCCUCCGAAGCCCUCUCUUUCGCCGACCUCUACACCAAAUUCGCUUCCAAAGCACAAAGCGUUAACAACAAAUGGGCAGUUAUUUACCUCCUCAAGAUCAUCUCCGAGGAUCGCAAAACCCAAUUCGACUCUGCUUCCGUUCUCUUGCCCAAUUUGCCUUUCUCCGACAAACCCAGAGACAACAACAACAACAACAGCAGCAACAACAACAAGGGUUGGAACAACAAUGGUGUCUUGUUGGUCGCCAAGGAUCCCGAGAAUCGACGCGACAUUGCGUUUCGGGAGUUCGUGAAUUUGGUUAAGGAAGAAAACGAGGUGUCCGAGGAGGUUCUGGUUCGGGAUGUGCUCUAUGCUUGUCAAGGUGUUGAUGGAAAAUACGUGAAAUUUGAGAGCGAAAAUAAUGAGUAUGCUUUGUCUGAUUCGAUUAGGGUUCCUAGAGCUACUAGGACUAUGGUUAACAAGCUUUGUGAAUUGGGGGGUUUGUUUAAGAAGGUUACUGGGUAUAUAUGGCAAAGUAUGGAUGGGUUUCCGGUUGAAGAAGUGGGAACUGUUGGCCAAGCUUUCUGUUCUGCAUUGCAGGAUGAGUUGAGUGAGUAUUACAAGUUGUUGGCAGUGCUUGAGGCACAGUCUUCGAAUCCGAUUCCUUUGGUGUCUGAAUCCGCGAGUUCGGGUAAUUAUCUAUCUUUGAGGAGAUUAGCUGUUUGGCUUGCGGAACCAAUGGUGAAGAUGAAGUUGAUGAGUGAUUUGGUUGACAAGUGUAGGGUUUUGAGGGGAGGGGCUAUGGCUGGUGCGAUUCAUUUGCACGCACAACAUGGUGAUCCACUGGUUCAUGAGUUCAUGAGGAGAUUGCUGCAGAGGGUGUGUUCUCCACUGUUUGAAAUGGUGAGGAGGUGGGUUCUGGAAGGCGAGUUAGAAGAUGUCUUUGCUGAGUUCUUUAUUGUGGGUCAGCCAGUGAAAGCUGAAUCCCUUUGGAGAGAAGGAUAUAGGCUCCAUGAUGCCAUGCUUCCUUCCUUCAUUUCUCCUUCCCUUGCUCAGCGGAUCUUGAGGACUGGGAAAUCCAUAAACUUCCUUCGUGUUUGUUGCGAGGAUCGCGGUUGGGCUGAUGCUGCCACCGAAGCUGCCACUGAUACAGGGGCCACGGCAAGAAGAGGUGGUUUUGGGUAUGGUGAAACCGAUACCCUUGAAUCCUUGGUCGAUGAAGCUGCAAAGAGAAUUGACAAGCAUCUGUUGGAUGUGAUUUACAAGAGGUACAAAUUCAAGGAACACUGUCUUGCAAUUAAGCGGUAUUUGUUGCUUGGUCAAGGUGAUUUUGUGCAAUAUCUAAUGGAUAUUGUUAGGCCCGAGCUUUCUGAGCCAGCUAACACUAUAAGCUCUUUCAAACUUUCGGGAUUGCUGGAAACUGCAAUUCGGGCAUCUAAUGCUCAAUAUGAUGACAGUGACAUUUUGGAUAGGCUCAGGGUCAAAAUGAUGCCACAUGAAAGUGGUGAUAGGGGCUGGGAUGUAUUUUCGCUGGAAUAUGAUGCCAGAGUUCCACUAGAUACUGUGUUCACGGAGUCUGUGAUGGCAAGGUAUUUGAGAAUUUUUAAUUUUCUGUGGAAGCUUAGAAGAGUGGAACAUGCUCUUAUUGGUGCCUGGAAGACCAUGAAACCAAAUUGUAUUACUUCUCAUUCCUUUACCAGAUUGCAACAUGCAGUGAAGAUGCAGUUAGUUUCAACAUUGAGGCGCUGCCAGGUUCUUUGGGUUGCAAUUAAUCACUUUAUUUCAAACUUGCAAUAUUAUAUAAUGUUUGAAGUCUUGGAGGUAUCGUGGUCAAACUUUUUAAGUGAGAUGGAUGUCGCCAAAGAUCUUGAUGAUCUACUUGCAGCUCAUGAGAAAUAUCUACAUUCCAUUGUAGAGAAAUCUCUCCUUGGAGAGCUUUCCCAGUCCCUUUACAAGUCACUGCUUGUAAUAUUUGAUCUUAUAUUACGGUUUCGGAGCCAUGCGGAUCGGUUGUAUGAAGGUAUUCAUGAGUUGCAAUCGAGAAUCACAGAAUCCUCCCUAUCCUCUCGGGACCAGAAUAAAUCACGAAAGCAACUGAAUGCUAAGUCUGCGGAACAGGGAUCCUGGAUUGCUGAUGGGAGGAAAGCCCUAACGCAGCGUGCUGGUGAAUUUCUUCGAAAUGUGGGACAAGAUCUGGAUGCAAUUGCAGAGGAGUAUUCAUCAUUGCAAGAGGAAUUCAUUUCUCAGUUGCCUGUACAGCAGCAUGUUGAUCUAAAGUUUCUCUUUUUCCGUCUUGACUUCAAUGAAUUUUAUAGCCGGUUGUGUGCUAGUAUAGGAAAUUUGUGAAUAAGGCUGAGGGUCAGGUUGAAGCAUUGUUUAUUCAAGAAGCUAAGGCAUUAACAAAGCUUUGCAACGAGCUAACCUCCGUUGUGUGUUUGAGUGGAACAAUUCUAUUGGUGCUAACUUCCUUCAGACCAACCAUUCCUUGGGUUAUUAAUUGACCAUAGGUAGUCAACUUUUGUGGUUUGCAAGGUAGUUUGUGGCGGAUGUGAAGCUAUUUAUAUUCCGAUUGGAUGCACGAUGUGCGUAGUCACACUCUGCAGCGUGCUUGAAUUUUCGCCUUGUGGCAAUAAAAAUAAGGCCACAGGUGAAUCAAGUAUCAAGAUGCUUGCCUUGCAAUUCAAUAUGCUUCAUACACAUCUAAGGUAACGAAAGAGCUUCUUUUUUAUUUUUUAUAAGCUCAGGCUAUAGAAUUGAAGAGUGAAGCCUUACUUUGUUUGUUUGAUGUAGCUACAUGUGAAUAAUAGAGCUUAUUAGUCGAGUAAUUCAUUUGACACAUGCUUAAAUAUUAACAGUUGUCUAUUCAACUUGGGAAACUGGGCGAUGGAACUUGGUUGCUUUGCUUUUAGAAGGAUUUUUCCUUUAUUUUGGUGAUUUAUAACAAAUCCGGAGUUCAGAAUUGUUGAAUGUUUAGUAGAAAAUAGUUAUCGGUUUGGCUGAAAAUAAUGGAGGUACAGGCAACUUUUGAUGUCCGGGGUAUCAUGGGAAAGGUACGAGGGGUUGAAUCAUUCUGUAGAGUUUCUGAAAGAUCAGACAGGAAUAGAGGGAACGUGUUACAAAAUAAUAGUAUUCUUAGGGCACUGAAGUUUUCCUUUUUUGGUACGAGUAGUCCACUUACUGAAGUUGUAUCUAACCUGAAAAGUUAUUUUGCCAAACCAGUGAUAUUCGAAGUUGGGCUACUCCAAAAGAUACAUUUACUCCAGUUAAAUUAAUUGCUAAUUGGGUGUAAGUUUUUUUAUUUUUACACCGGUGUAAGAUCAUUAUUCCCCUGUUAUUAUUGGGUAAACAUAUAUAAUUUUGUCAGAAGUCUGAGUUACCUACAAUCUGAGCUAAAUUUGACAUAGGUUAAAUUAUUAACAGGUUCAACUAGCAUGUGUAAUUCAUGGUUCAGAUAUUGGUUUUUAAUUCCGGUCCUGUUUUAGAUAGAUGCGGA